AUGACUCCUCUUCUAUCAAAAUGACAUGGAGGGAUGCACAGGCAUACUGCAGGCACAGCUACACUGAUCUGGUCACUGUCAGAAACGAACAAGAAAAUGAACGUUUUAUUGACUACGGCUGGAUCGGAUUAUACCGAGAAGAUGCAGCAAGUCCAUGGAAAUGGUCCCAAGGUGAUGAGAUAGCCAACUUCACCAUGUGGGACACUAAUGAACCAAAUGCACAGGGAAACUGUGUUUUUAAGAAAGAUGGAAAAUGGGUAGCCAGCAAUUGUGAUUGGACGCGAUAUUUCACAUGUUAUACUAUCCCUUUGGUUCUGGUGAAGGAGAAUAAGACGUGGGAGGAGGCAUUGGAUCACUGCAGGUCUCUGGAUAGAGUCAACACAAAUAAUCCAACCUUUUCAGACUGGAACCACCGCUACAACCUGGUCACGCUGAUCUCUCCAUUUGACCAUACUUAUGCACGAAAGAGAGCACAAGAGGCUACCACUGAUGAGGUGUGGACAGGCCUGUGUAACCUGGCUGGUAAGUGGUUGUGGGUGAGUGGAGAGCAGAUGCAAUAUGAAAAUAUUCCAAGCUGCCCAUCUCACAGCUUUUGUGGCGUCCUUGAGAAGAACGGUACUGCAUCCUUCAGUAUGAGAAACUGCCAGCUGAGAAGGAACUUCUUCUGCUACAAGAAGCCCUAAAUGCACUGAAGGCUACACUUAAGUACUGUACUUCAGUAUAAACGUGAAGCAAUUUUAUUUAAACUGCACUUAUGUACAUGAAAAUACGCUAUUGCUCAAAAUAUGAAAUGUGGUCAAGAAGGUGAAACAAUGUUUAUAAUAGUUUAUAAGUAAUAGUUUAUAAUACAAGAACCAGAAUGUAAACUAUGGUUUGAAUAGAUGUUCCAUUGAUUUAAGAUAUUCCAGGACUCUAGUCUACGAUUAAGAAAUU